UAACUCCACAGUUGGGCAAUGCAAAUAAGCUGAUAGCAGAUCAGCGGCUAAAAUUAAUACACGAAUCUAAUAUCAAAGUAAUAAAUAUACGUGGACGGUUUUAAAUCGUGUGACUUAUUGUUCUUUUCAGCCCCAGAAUAAUAAACAAAAGCAUGGAAAUGAGUGCGGCAAUGCUUGCGCGUGUAUCCUUCUAUCCCACACUACUCUACAAUGUGCUUAUGGAAAAGGCUACAGCAAGGAAUUGGUACGAUCGAAUUGAUGAAAAUGUUAUACUUGGUGCUCUGCCUUUUCGAACUCAGGCAAAUGACUUAAUUCAAAAGGAGAACAUGAAAGCUGUGGUUUCCAUGAACGAGGAUUACGAAUUAAGUGCCUUCUCCAACGAUUCACCCAAGUGGAAGGCUCUGGGCAUAGAAUUUUUACAACUAGCCACUACAGACAUAUUCGAGUCACCCAACCAAGAGAAGCUGUACCGUGGUGUGGAGUUUAUAAACCGUUUCUUACCACUGUCCAAGCGCAUAACUAGAUUAAACAGUACACAGCAUCCGGAAAAUAUUGGUUCGGUUUAUGUACAUUGUAAGGCAGGUCGUACUCGAAGUGCAACCUUAGUGGGCUGCUAUCUAAUGCUGAAAAACGGCUGGACACCCGAUCAGGCGGUAGCACACAUGCGUCAGUGUCGUCCACAUAUUUUACUGCAUACUAAACAAUGGGACGCAUUAAGAAUAUUCUAUGCAAACAACGUGGAGGCUCAGUCAUGACCCGAAAUUGACAAUAGCCAUACA